GCGAACGAGAGCAUAGUCACACUAACAGCUGGAAUUAUAAUUAUUUAUACUUUUAUAUAUAAUUCAGCUGGAUACUUAUUCAAAUAAAAGUGUUUAUUUAGUCUAGACUAGAGUCGCGUUUUUAAAGGGCCUUGUGUUUGUGAGGUUAGAUCAGAACUACAUGUUUAACAUGCUAGCUUUAGCAUCCAGGCUAGCUACUAGUAAUGAUAAUAAGAAACAGCAGUAAAUAUGAGGUGUUUUUAUUUAUUUAAUAUCCCAUAUAAAACUAUUAUUUAGGGUGAAAUGUAUAGGAUAUGUUUUCUGUAUGUUUAAAAAAACGUGUUAAAAAGCGAGCUCACGGUUGAAGGAGAAUAUCUGAUUAUAAUAGCAGUUAUAAUCAGAUUAUAAUCUGAUAAUCAGAAUCAGGAUGGGUAACUGUUUUAAAUCUCCUACUACAGAUGACAUUUCUUUACUCCAUGAGUCUCAGUCAGACAGAAUCAGUACAGAAGAUGGAGCAGAAGCAGAUUUAGAACCUCCUCCACCAUAUGAGGAACAGUCCCACAUGCCCGUGUACCACCUGACACCCAGUCAGACGUGUUUGGCCACCCAGCUGACGGAGGAGGAGCAGAUCCGCAUUGCCCAGCGCAUCGGCCUCAUCCAGCACCUUCCCAGGGGGGUGUUUGAUGGCGGGAAGGACGGCUCUGAGAAGAAGAUUCGAGAGUGCGUGAUUUGCAUGAUGGACUUUGUAUUCGGCGACCCGAUCAGAUUCCUCCCCUGCAUGCAUAUCUACCACAUGGACUGUAUAGACGACUGGCUGAUGCGCUCCUUCACCUGUCCGUCCUGCAUGGAACCGGUGGACGCUGCACUUCUGUCCACCUACGAAAACAACUGAGCGCCGACGCGUGCUCCGAUCUUCCGGUCUUCGUCGACACGACCCAACACAGGACUAUUGGCGCCCCUGGGGCCAAAGGUAAUCCGAAAGAAACCCUGGGGAGAUGGGUUAGGGUUUUAAUGGAGGUGAUCAGACAGAACACACUUUGACUUGGGUUUGAAUCACCCAGCAUUGUGCAUCAUGUGAUCACUUCACUGUGCUUAAAACUGAAGUCAAAGAGAUUUAGCUUUCCCAGGGUUCAUUAGGGCUGGGCGGAAGGUCUCUGCUUGGGUGAUCUGUAGAAAUUAAUGGACUAUCACGUUUCUUUUUUCUUUUGGCUGCUCCCGUAUGCAGGGGUCACCACAACGGAUCACACAGUUUUUACGCCGGAUGCUCUUUCUGAACCACCCCUAUGUUUCUAUCUGGGCUUUGAACUCGUACUAAGAGCGCACUCCCAAUGGCUAGGCUGUUUCAGCCAUAGCCCCACCCCCUUCUGCGCACUAGCCAAUCAUGCCCAAGGACACAUUUACAUUUGUGACGUUUUGCAGACGCUUCUCCCUAAUGCGACUUACAAUUAUGAGGGUUAAGGGCCUUGCUCAGGGGUCCAACAGUGGCAACUUGGUGGUGGUGGUGGUGGGCCUUGAACCGGCAACUGUCUGAAUAGUAGUCCAGCACCUUAACCGCUGAGCUACCACUGCCCACACGAGAUUUGAACCUUUUUUUGUGAACUUGGUUUGUCAUUCGAUGGUGGAUCGAGUAGCUGGCAUUGUGGUGACAACCCGGUUGUCUCGUUCUUUCUCUGCCGCUUUUGGUUCAUUAUCCUUAUUUUGUUAGCAGUUUUUCAUGUUUAUUUUGUGGCUUAUUUUGUAGCCAUAGCAUUUCUGUUUACUAUUAUAUUUAUGUAUUUUUAGCAUAGCCAAUUAGCCUUCCGCUGCUGAGCACCCUGAUCACGCAUCAGAGGAGGGUAUAUUCACCUGAAGCACGCUUUCAGACGCGCGUGCAGUCCGCCGACUCCUUCUUAUUCGCCCGUACUUCAGUGGGUUAGAGCAUGAGGCCAGUCCUCGCACGUAGAGUCACUAAUUUAAGUUUUCGGUAAUUAGCAGAUGCUUUUAUCCAAAGCGACUUACAGUCUAAGCAAGGGUUAAGAGCCUUGCUCAAGGGCCCAACAGUGGCGACCUGGCAGUGGUGGGGCUUGAACCAGCAACUUUCUGCUUACUAGUCCAGUACCUUAACCGCUAGGCUACACCUGCCCCGCUCCACUCCCUGAUCUCCGCAUUCUUCCACGUCUGUACAGGCACCUCGGUCUACUAACCACGGUCCUUACACAGCGCCGAAGACCCCGCCCCCUUUUUAAUCCCGUCUUUUAUCACCCAGCGGACUAGUGAUCCAUUUUGUCUGCUGCAGGUACUGCCUGUCGGGCUUUCUAGGGGGCGACCGGUGUGGUCACAGUACUGUUCCACCUUGUUCGGUAUUUCUUCCAUCCUCCCAGAUGCAAGGCUGCACUCGGCCUCUCUCAGAUUAGAUAAGCCUGCUACAGUUUUAUCCUGGUCAGGAUAGAAGGCAAGAUACGUCUCAGCAGUGGUGUGCUAGCGCCUUUCUGCCGCUGUUCUCCUUUUUAAUACUGACGUCAAAAAUAAAUAAGCAAGCCCAGCUUCAUCAGGUCUCAGUUUUAGGGGGGAAGGGGUUCAAACCAAAUAAUAAUAAAUCAAAUCAACUUCCUGUCUCACACUUUGCACUUUGCACAAGAUAAUGAAGAGAACAAUGUGCGUAUGUAUAAUCUUGCUUCAGUCUUUUAUCUUUUAUUUUAUUUAAAUCUUUCUUGUUGAAUUAUCUGACUGAUUAUUUUGUCUAAGGCGAACAGACCAAGUUCUGCAUCUUUAUUAGAUUUGCACUCGAUGUCUCUGCUUUUCUCAAUUCUUUAGUUCUUUAUCAGGUAAUUACCUGGUUUUGGAGUGAUGCUGUUUCCAUGGUGAUCUGAGCCAUGCUCAAUAAAUGAUGGACUGUUUAACCUUCAA